CAUUGUUCGCGUGUUUGAAUGAUCCAGCGUAUUGUUAAAGAGAAGUACUCACAGAGUAAUCAGAUUCUACUUUUAUCUUCCUUCUUUGUCUCCUUGAUGUUUGUAAAAUGUCCGGAUUUCAGGAUCGUUCAGUUUUUCCUGUGGAGGUUCUGCAGCUGUCAGUACUUGAAGAAGGGGUUUCCCCCGAGCAGCAGAAGAGCUCCAGUUUGAACCAAGUGAUUAGUGAGCCUCUGCAAAUUAAAGAUGAACCUGAGGAACUGUGGUGCAAUCAAGAGAGAGAGCAAAUUCACGGACCAGAAGAGGAAGAUAUCAAGUUCACUUUUGUUCCUGUCCCUGUGAAGAGAGAAGAUGAUAAGGAGAAACCUCAGUCCUCACAGCUUCAUCAAAGACAUACUAAACAGAUGGAAACAGGAGCUGAUGGAGCGGACUGUGGAGGAGCAGAGGCAGCCAGGUACUUUGAUCCAGAGAGAGAUUUAAAACCAGAGACUGAGUUGCAGACAGAUGAAUCUUCUGAUCCUGAGACUGAUGACAGCACUGAUUGGAGGGAGACGACAGAACACCAGUCAGGUUUAGAUUCAGUGAAAAAACACAGAAAAAAUAGAGCAAUGAUUGAAAAGAAUUUGCAUAGCUGCUCAGAGUGUGGCAAAAGAUUUAACUGUCGAGAAGAUUUGACCAGACACAUGGUAGUUCAUACCAAAGAAAAACCCUUCAGCUGUUCUGUGUGUGGUCAGAGAUUUACGCAAAAAGGAGAUUUAACUCGUCACAAAAUAGUUCACACAGGAGAGAGACCAUUUGCCUGCUCUGUGUGUGGCAAGAAAUUUAACCGUAAAACAGCUUUGACCACACACAGGUUAGUUCAUACCAAAGAAAAACCCUUUAACUGCUCAGAGUGUGGUCAAAGAUUUACACAAAAAGGAAGCAUAACUGCACACAUGAGACUUCACACAGGAGAGAAACCAUUUGCCUGCUCUGUGUGUGGCAAGAGAUUUAACCGCCAAACAGGUUUGACCAGACACAUGGUAGUUCAUACUAAAGAAAAACCCUUCAGCUGCUCAGAGUGUGGUCAGACAUUUACACAAAAAGGAAGCAUAACUGCACACAUGAGACUUCACACAGAAGAGAAACCAUUUGUGUGCACUGUGUGUGGAAAAAGACUUACCCGUGAAGUGUACUGGAUCUCACACAUGGUAGGUCAUACCAAAGAAAAACCCUUCAGCUGCUCUGUGUGUGGUAAGAGAUUUCAACAAAAAAGAAGUGUAACUAUUCACAUGAAAAUUCACACAGGAGAGAACCCAUUUGUUUGCUCUGUGUGUGGCAAUAAAUUUAACAGUAAAGCAGCUUUGACCACACACAGGGUAGUUCAUACCAAAGAAAAACCCUUCAGCUGCUCUGUGUGUGAUAAGAGAUUUACCCAAAAAGGAAGCAUGACUUCACAUAUGAGAAUCCACACAGGAGAGAAACCAUUUGUCUGCUCUCAGUGUGGCAAAAGAUUUUGCAGUCAAAUUAGUUUGACCAGACACAUUGUAAUUCAUACCAUGGGAAAAUCCCUGCUUUGAGUGUGGUCUGAGAUUUACCCAAACAUGUAUUACUGAACAUGUGAAAAAUCAUGAAGGGUAGACACAACUCAGCUGCUGUUAGAGCACAUUUUUAUCUUAGAACUCAUCUGAUAAUUCACAGAAAAUAUAAACUCUGUAGCUGCCAUGAAGUAUGACCAGAUGCAUGAGAAUUCACACACAGAGAAAACAUUUUUAAAUUAACGAUUUCAAUUUUGAUGCUGAUGAUUUCAGAAUGUUCAAUUCUGUUUUUUUUUUCUGUCAGUAACAAUGUUAGUUCGAAUCUGAGCUAAAAGAUGAAAAACAUAUAGAAGAAUAUUUUUUAAAUCUUUUUGAAUUUAGAUAGGAUCUUUGAAACAAGCUCUCCACUUCUGGGCUGGAGUAUACAACAGCUGUUGUAAAACUGAGAUGAGUGUUCUGUAUUCUUAAUGUCAACAGCUUUGAAUUAUGUUGAAAUUCAUGUAAGUUACUGUUAUGACCUUAGAAUUAAUAGUCUGAUUAAGUGAAAGAUUUUUGAUCCUUGGAGUUUUGAUGCUAAUUGGU